AGCCACCUGCUCAUUCUUUCUUACCAUGACAUGACCAACCCAUCGCCAGCGUCCUCGUUAUUUCGAGUUAAUCUUGCCUCUUCAAUCUCUUCUCUUCGACGUGUUCGUCCGAACAGGCCUUUCUGGGAACUUCCGGCCCAUCGGAUACCAACUCUUCGUCUCUUCAGACGCUUAUUGCGGUUCGCCCCAACGGAGAACAUACGGUUCUCUGUUGGUCUGCACUUUCGUUCGAAUCAGCACAAGACUGGAACGGAAAAGGUGACGGCGGCACUAAGGACUGGAUAUAAAUGGCUUAAAACAUUCAAAUCAGCUCAGUCUGGAGAUAUAAAGACUCAAGAAGUACUACAGCGGUAUGACAGACUUGUGGCCAUGAAGCGAAAGAAAGCCGUAUUGGAGAGGGAAGAGCUGGAAGUACUGAAUGAAGAGAACCGAAUCCGUAACCGACCCAUGCUUACAGGCGGUCUCAUGUUUCCCACUCUCUGGCACCCCGCGCUUCCCCGCAUGAAACCUCAACCGAUCAAGAUUUCAAGAAUGAUUGCAAAAAGGAAACGAAGUUACGAAAACCGGCAAGUCCUGUUGCUACGGCUAAAAGAACAUCUUCGGUAUGCUAAAGGCGAAGUUGCAUUGGAGGAAGGACUUGGUGUCAGCGAUUCCGAGUAUGGUGGAUCGGUGAGGGAGUGGACUCACGAAAUUGGCGCUGCCUUGAAUGACAACCGGAUAUACUUUGAUCGCAUGUUGGCUCGAGCAAAUGGUCCUAUUCCGCAAGAACUCUUUGAGCGCGUAAUUCAGGCGCGUAGGAAUAAAAUUGCUAACAAAACCAGAGAACGCGAGCGUGAACGGAAGGGCGAAGUGCUCAUGGCUACUUUACGACGGAGUAGGAAGGGUCCACCGGCGGACGUUCUAGUCCGUAUGACGCCUCAGCAGAGAGAAGACGAUAGAGUGUCAAGAGGGGGGAUUGGAGAGGUAGGAUAUCUCGGCAAGGUCAAGGCACAACUAGGCUGGCGGUUAAGCAGAAAAGACGGGGAGACACGAACGACAGAAGAUGGAAAGACUGAAAUAUGGAGUAUUGAAGAUGGAACAUGGAUUGAUGUGGAAAAAGAAAAGAAAUUACAAGUGAUAGCAGAAGAAUUGGAGCAAGAGAAUGAAAGGAGGAGAGGUAGUAGUAACACAUCGUGACUGUC